AUGAGAUUCCCGCGCUUCCUCCCCGUGCUCCUCGCCGCCGCCCUCCCCACCGCCUCCGCGCUGGCCAACCCCGCCGACCGGGCUCAGAUUCCCAUGAUGCCGCCGCCGCCGCCGCAGUCGCCACCAACCGCCGACGACAAGGGCUCCUCCUCCGGCUCCGGCUCCGGAGGAGGCAGCGCGUCCUCGUCCGCCGUGCCCCUCGCCGACAUCCUCGGCACCAACCGCGCCCUCACCUCCUUCUCGUCCUUUGCCCGCAUGCACGCCUCCACGUCGUCCCUCCUCGCCGACCACUCCGCCAAAACCACGGUCCUCGCGCCCCUCAACUCUGCCAUCGAGGCCCUCCCCCGGAAGCCCUGGGAGGAUCCCCGCGACUACGAUGCCCUGGGCGAGCAAGCCUACGACGGCUCCGGUGGCGAGUCCCGCGCCGACGCCAACCUUCGCCGCUUCGUCGAGGCGCAUCUCGUCCGCGUGAGUCCCUGGCGCGAGGGCGAAAAGGCCCCGACCGUUGGCGGCCGCCUGAUCUGGUGGGCCGACCAGAAGAGCGGCAAGAGGGUCAUCCUGCCGGACGGCAUCGAGGUGGAAAAGGUGGCGAGCACCGUCGCCAACGGCGAGGUGUGGACUCUCAAGGGCGUCCUGAACUACACCUGA